GGAAGAGGAGGACGUGGACGGGGAGGAAGAAGAAGACGAAGGAAGAGAAGAAGGAGGAGGACGGAGGAGCCGCUAACGACGGCGAACGUCCUCAAGGGUGCGAGAUACCAGCACCAGCACCAGCAACACCAUCGACGACGAUGAUCGUGACAGGCGGCGAACGGCGUACAUGUUGGAGGAGGAGGAGACGGUUCGCAGUUGCACUUGCCUCGGCCCUACUGGCCCUCGCGAUCGGUCCGAUGUCGACCAAGGGUCACAGGCCGGUGCCGGACAAUCCGAUCAUUCUACAGACGAGCACCAGCACGACAGCUACGCCCUUCUAUGCGGUGCAACACUCGGCGAACGAUACCGUUCGUAUAGCCGACGAUGACAACAACGACCAGAAGGCGUACGAUGGAUACAACAGCACGCUUCAUCACCACCAUCAUCAGAUGGUCGGUAGUAACAUGAGCGAGGAAAAAGCGCCUCUUUUCCCCGUAGAUAUAUUUAGUAUCCAGCAAAGGCGUCACGGUGCCGUGAUACUUCACGUGAUAGGUGUCGUGUAUAUGUUUGUCGCGUUGGCAAUCGUCUGCGACGAGUUCUUCGUCCCGUCGUUGGACGUGAUCAUCGAGAAACUAGAGAUCGCGGACGACGUCGCGGGUGCCACGUUCAUGGCUGCCGGCGGUUCGGCACCGGAACUGUUCACAUCGAUAAUCGGCGUGUUCGUAUCGUUCGAUGACGUCGGAAUCGGCACCAUCGUCGGCUCGGCGGUGUUCAAUAUUCUUUUCGUGAUCGGCACGUGCGCCAUAUUCUCGCGUACAGUGCUCAGCCUCACAUGGUGGCCUCUUUUCCGCGACUGCAGCUUUUAUAGCAUCAGUUUGCUCACCCUGAUCUAUUUCUUCCGCGAUAAUUAUAUUUAUUGGUACGAAGCGCUCGUGCUUUUCUGUUUCUACUUGGCGUACGUGAGUUUUAUGAAAUGGAACCAACCGAUGGAGAAGCUCGUCAAGAGACUGAUCUCUAGAAACAAGGUGACCCGGGUUAGGUCCACCGAUCAACUGAUGCCCUCGCACCAGAGCGCCGCCCAGGCAUUGCAGCAUCCGAACGCGAUGAACAAUAGCGAGACAAGCGUGGGCGGUGUGUCGGGUGCAUGUGGAAGCAGCGGCAUACCGGCGGCCGGCGAGGCCGGGUGCAGCAGCAGAGGCGGCAGCAGCAGCGGCGGAGGCGGCACGGCCAGCGGCCACGGCUGCGAUCAGAGUGGCCACCACGGUGGCCCCUCGUCUCAUUCCAGGGAGAGCCACGCCAAGUUCAGGCACGGCCUUCUGCAGCUUAUGAUUCACACGAUCGAUCCGCUCCACGACGGUCAGUCCCGCGCCGGCAAAGUGGACGAGAAAGCGACACAACUGCACGCGAUAGCGUCGCUGAAGGUGCUGUUGGACGCAACGAAGUCGCAAAACGGUGCGGCUACGUCGACCGCCGCCCAUUACUCCGGUGGAUCGUCGAAAGAGACCACUCUGCAACUGCAGCAGGGUUCGCAGGGUACCACCAGGACCACCACCACGACGACGACCACCGCCGGCACCACAGCCGGCAUCCAGGAACUUCCCAACGGCGGUAUAGCAACCGGCCUCGACGCGGGACUCGAUUCGGGAGAGGAGGAUGAACGUCCGGAGGCCCUGGACAUGGGCUGGCCCAGCAGUCCCAGGAAGAGGCUAACUUAUAUUCUAGUGGCACCGAUUCUGUUCCCUUUGUGGUUAACGUUACCAGACACAAGGACACCAAGGGGGAAAAAGUUCUUCGCGGUGACGUUCAUCGGUUCAAUCUUCUGGAUUGCGGGGUAUUCGUACCUGAUGGUUUGGUGGGCGAAUGUAGUCGGCGAUACAAUUAAGAUCCCGCCGGAAGUAAUGGGUCUGACGUUCCUCGCCGCCGGAACCAGCAUUCCGGAUCUGAUCACUAGCGUGAUCGUCGCACGGAAAGGAUUCGGCGACAUGGCCGUAUCAAGCUCCGUCGGGAGUAACAUUUUUGACGUGACCGUUGGGCUUCCGCUACCGUGGCUGCUCUUCGGUUUGAUCUAUGGAAAACCCGUGGAGGUGAAUUCGGUGGGCAUGGUGUGCAGCAUAGCGAUCCUGUUCUGCAUGCUUCUGUUUGUGAUACUGAGUAUCGCCAGCUUUAAGUGGCGUAUGAACAAGGGCCUCGGGUUCACGAUGUUCAUCCUAUAUUUCGUCUUCGUCGCCGUAUCGCUGAUGUUCGAGUACGGGGUACUCGUAUGUCCGGUUUAGGGACGAGGAACCGAAGGAAAAAAGGACAAUAGGACGCACAUUUACGGGUCUCGUCAUCGUGUCAUUAUCAUCGUCGUCGGCGAGUCGCGAACACGGCCGAGAUGAGAGAUAGACAAGAAGAAUCUUCCCUCGGAGCGCCGCGCGUCAAUCGGAAGUGGAACGACGGACAACAGCCUUCCCGAGAAAAAAAAAAAAAAGAAACAGCUAUCGAAAACUUUUGAAAUUGCACCAACAACCCCUUCCCUCGUUACCCCAUCCUCGAAAGGUAAAAAACAGAACCUCGUUACCAUCCUCCGGUUAUUACGAACAUAAUGGUUGAUCAGCUUGGUUACGAAGCAUUUUUUGAUUAUAGUCCAGAUAUAUUACAUAUUGUAUAUAUUGUAUAAACCUUGAAAUACCUGAAACAGAAUACUCGUCUCGUUAAGGAUUCCAUGCCGACGUUACGUUCAACGAACGGAACGUCUUUCGUCGCUUUAUCUAGGCAGCGAGCGAGUCGGCCGAAUGUGCCAACGAUCAAGCGAAAUUUUAUCUAAUAUAACGUUGUAUAAUCUUAGGAGAAACAGAUCCACCGUCAACAAAAACAGCCCCCCUUUAUCCUACCUUUGGGACUUCUAAAUAUUUCUUGCGCUUCUCGUUAUAACUAUUCUCUCCUAAACGGUCUAGUUUACAUUGGUCGAGUUGGCAUGAAUAAGCGAAUGACUAAAACAUAAUCCAUUUACUCGGCUAAUAUAUGCUAGGCUUUUACCCUUUCCUCUUUCUCUUUACUGUUCCUCCUUUUCUCUACCUUUACUGUUCCUCCUUCUACGAUAAAUCGCAUUCUAAAAUAUAUCGUCUUUUCGCGAAACGUGAUCGUCGACGCCACUCGUUAGAUUUUCGCACGCCUCGACGUUGUUUAAAACUGAAAUACGCUCUCAUCGUUUCCACCGAAUCAUCAUCGAGGACCGCACGACUGACAAAACGACGCGACGACAUGCGAGAUCACGGUUAAACAAACGCAUUCAGAGCCACUGAUCUACGAAUUUGUCUCCGUUUCGAGCCGCGACUUUUUCAAGUGAUAUUUAUUGGAACUGCCAAAUCGUCCCGGGAUUAAAAAACAAUGAAUUCGCUACCGGUUGUCAAGUGAUAAUUUAUUAUUACCGCGCGAAUCGGAUCCACGGCUCCCUAUCGUUUGUUUAAUGAUCGUUCGGCACAAUUCCGGGCGCGAUGAUCGGCCCGACCGCUCGCUGAUUUCUCUCUUUAAAAACUAAAGAAAAUUCAUCCUCUUUUCGCCUAUAACCCAUAGAUUCUAGCAACUUUACUCUGACGUGAACGCGGAAUCUGGAGCGGAACGCGGUUCCUGGCGUAACAGUUAGAAUCAAACUUGUUUCAAAUUCGAUAUGUACUAUGUUUUUUACAUUCUCCGAAAAAAAUUGUCUUUUUAAAAGAAUAAGUUGAAAAUCGGAUAUUACAAUCAAUGCGAUUGAUUCAGAGCCGCGAUCCGAAGUCACACGCCGGAAACGGAAGCACGGUUUCGCAUUUGCGAGACGACGGCGAUGAAAUUAUUACCUACAAGAAUUUGUUAAAACUUUGUUAUAUUCGUUGUUAAACAUUGUUCUUAAAAGAGAGCUUCCCAAGCGGGCUGUGUAAUGUUGAAAGGUCGUCCUCAUUCAUGCGGAAACGACUGUCCAAAUGGGACGACCGCUUCCGGUUCCGUACGUGCUCGGUUUUCAAUUUGGAUUACUAUUAACUAUUGAGCAAUUAAAUCUAUGUAAGUGGCAUCGGACCUUCCUAAACACUUAGAGAAACUUUAUCGAGAGCGCAUACUCUUUAGAGUAAACAUCGUCCUGGAAGCUGGAUCAUUCCUUCCGGUUCAUUUUUGUUGGACAGUGUCGUCGGAGCCCAAGCGAGAGUGAACGGCAUUAAUUAACUCUGAUUCGAAGGAAAUGAUUUAUACUGUUCACUUUCAAUUUUACCUCAUUGUUCAAAUAACUUGAACCGUUUAAAUUUGCCCUCGGUCUUCAUCUCUAUUGAAUGGUAAACAACAUUGUUCAUUUUGCUCCGAAUUUUGUUGAAUCAACCAAUACCGUUAGAGCAAAUUGAAUCGCGUUGAUUCGCAUUCGAUGUCGAACACACACAAUACUUGGCUACGCAUGGCUUGGAGCUUGUCGUACCGAUGGCAUUCACUCUACGAAUGAGCUGCCACACGCCGCUAUUCUUUAUCUACUGUAGAGGAGUAAUGCUAGCUACGUUCGAACACGCGAGAUCACGGAACAAGGGGAAAAAUCGAAUAGCUAACACGAUUCAAUUCAUACUACUUGUGUAUUGGGGAUAAUUAUAUGCAUUUCUUUAGUUUGAAAAUUGUCCAUUACCUUAGAUUCACUGAACGCACUUUGAUUCGUGCUUCUGUUAGAUUGGUGCUUAUGAAAUGCUAUUUGUUUCUAAGAUUUGUAUUUUCCAUUUACCCUGUUUUGCCUCAUCAUCUAUUAUUAGAAGUCAUAUUGAAAGAAGAAAUAAGUAUAUCAAUAAGAUGUAUACCUGAAUUGCGAAUUUUUAUGUAAAGUAGAAUAUUUAUGGUAUCAAUUUAAAAAAUGUGAUUCAGGCAAACGUUUCUUUCAUCAUUUAAACACUGAAAUGCAUUCAGUUCUUGAUAUUCUAAACAGUUUUAUACAAUUUCAGCUAGCAUUUAUAAUUCUAUACAUUGAGUUUUAUUAUACGUGCAUUAAAACCGCAGUCUGUUUAUAGUGAAUGCAUUGCGAUUCUGGUAGAAGAUAUUGCAUUUUCAUUAGCCGGUGCCCUGGUUGAAACACAUUCUAAAUAAUUUGGUAAACGCAGUUUAUGUUUGAAAUAUAAUUAUCACAAAAAUUAAUUACAAUAAAUUGGAGAGCCUGGAACAAAUUGUUAGAACCUUGUUAAUCUCAAAAAACAAAGUCGAACAUUGCAGUUUGUUUAAUCUUUAUUAAAUAGAUUUCAACUUUUUUAAACAAAACAUUCAUCGCAUUGCACAAUUCUGAAAUAUCACUUUUAAUUAUAUUACUGAUGGACUAUAUCCAAAUGAAAUCAUCAAAUUAUGAGCUAUGCUCUUUCUGACAAUAAAUCUCUAAUUAUAUGUGUAAUGCAAUAUUUAUAUCAAUAAUAAUAAAAUUAUUCAUUUGUUUGUGGAAUGUCUAAAGGCAAUUGAUAAAUUAUUAAACGCAUACUUCGUAGAAACAUCUAUUAUGUUUGAGAAGACCGAUAUUUCAUAUGCACCGACCUAAUAUAUUAUUUUUUCAUCUUGAUUACUAUCUUUGGCGCGUAUUUGGCAUUAAUCGAUUUCUAUUUAUUCUACUUUGUAGAAAUAUAAACACGUAUAGAUAAAUCCGUAGCCCAAAACUCCGUGGUCCCGGGUCGAAAGCGAUUCACUUAAGCCAUUUUUUCGCUGAGCAUUCUUUCGAGUUUUUGAUGUUACGCAAUGAUAUGCGCUGUGGUGAUACCGAUUAGACGAUGUUGAAUAAACUUUAAACUAUAUCGUUGUUACAUGUACACACGAAGAGAAACAGAGGAGUACGAGGGAACGAGCGAGAGAGCGGGAGAGAAAGAGAGACGUGUACAAAGAAAACGAAAUUCGUGCGUGAAUGGAUAGCGAGAAUAUUAAAUAUAUAGUGAGAGAGGGGGAAAGAGAAAUGGAGAAAUUUUUAAUUGAACUGAACAGGUACUGUAUUAUAUUCAUAUCCAUAUAUAUAUAUAUACAUAUAUAUAUAUACAUAAAUUGUUUCAAGACGUAUGUUCUAAGCGCGUAGAUUCUAAUAAAAAAAUAGCCAUAAAGUGAUAUUGACUAAAUUAAGCAUACGAAAAUCCAAGAUUAGUGUAAGCAAGAAAAAAAGCUCGAAUAAAUUAGGGGACAGCAUGCAUUUGGAAUCGCCUGAACGCCUAACAGCGGCCUAGCUUUUUACUAAAAAAGCACAGGAAAACACACAAAAAAAAAUAAAUACUGGCACGAAGCUGACGCAGAGAAUCAAAUCGUAACGAGGAGAGACCAGAAUUCACAAUAAGGAACGAUACGAAAGAUGAAAAUAAGAAAAAAGAAAAGAAUACUCGAUUUGGAUUCAGAUAACAAAAAAUUGAAAAACUCGCUUCACGCAUACCUAAAAGGUAAACGUUGUCAUACUUUUGUAUAACACUCUCGAUUAAAAAAUGAACUUCAACAAGGGGUAAUCAUCGCGUUCACGGUUCAAGCGGCUUUAACGCUCUUAAGAAAAUCACCGUUGUUCAACCCUUUCUUGUCGAUGCUAUAUGUGUCGAUCUCACUGUUUCCUGUUGGACUUGAACGGAACUGCGUGUUUCGUUAAUCUUCGGAUCUCUGGCGUCGAACAAAUCAUAAACUUCUACCGACUCAUGAACAAUCGUUGAUCCGUGGCGAUCAGCUGUGGUCAAAUUUUAAAAUGAUCUUGCACCAACGUUUGGUUGAACAGUGUGAUUCAUUCAACAAAGUACAGAGCGAAGUAUUCAAGAGUGCUUUGUUUAGUAUCAAUAUUCUUGAAUAAACUAUAUUGUUUUAACCAAAUGAAAUUAUGGGCGUCUUUCAUUUGAAUCGGAAAACAAGAAGCUGAUCGUUGCGCCGCGUCUGAUUGUCAACCUUAUCAUCUGCCUAUACUACUUGAACGAGGAACCUUCGCGGUCUGUUGGAAAAUGUCACACAAUCCAUGAAAAGUAAUGAAUCGUUUUCACGGAUCGCUUUCUAUAAGAGGGACCUUCGAUUGGCUGUUUCCUUUGAGACCAUUAUCUACGAUGCACGUGGCACAUAUGCAUCGUACACAUAAGACGAGAAAGUAAGUAACAUGGAAGAAGAGCGAAAGAAGAGUGAACGCAGCGGAUUCUCACGAGACGAUUUGACACGAUGAGCGAGCAACAAAGUGAGCAACACUUGAUUAGAAAUAAAUUAUUGGAGUGAAGGUACCUUUAGUGUGAAUUAGUCGAUAGGACAUAGGGUUUCUUAAUAGUUCCGUAAUCGAUUAACGAGAUGCAAGUAGCGAAAGAUGCACAAUACGAUCUUCCCGAUGUACCAAUCACUGUCCAACAAAACGUUAAAAAGGAGUAACACAAGAAAACACACACACACACACACACACGCCUACACAUGCAUAAAAACAGAUAUACAGACACGGAAAACCAGGAAAAAAAAGAUGAAACUGAGAAAACGACGGUUUAUGCAAUUUAGCGUUGUUAGCACUACGCCAAGGAGAUUAAAAGAUAAAGAAUGUAUGUAUGCGUGUAUAAACGAGAGAUUAUUCUGCGUAGCUUCGAUUAUUAUAAACCCUCACAAUAAAACAUUUGUUAUCAUAGCACGUACAUACAUAAAUAGCAGCGUACAGUCCCUUAAUCCGAAUCGACUCCGGCGAACGAAACACGGGGAAUACGAAUAUUAUCAUUCGUAUAAAACUCGAAACAUAGUGAAUACGCGCGCAACCAAACGGAUUCCACGGUUGAUCGAAAAGAAGCGAUACGAACUUAUGCCAGGCACAGAUUAGGCUGAGUAAACGAAACGAAGAAAUACAAUCCAUUGAGCUUCGGACAUUUGUUUCUUACGAAUUCAUCUUGAUCAUUCAUAAGAAAAAUAAGGUAACCAUUGGGAUGCAGAAAAAACGUUCUUGCAUUCUCUCUGUGAGUUAAGCCUCUGCCUGCGAUCUUAUUUUUUAUUAACGUCAUCUGCAUACUGGAUCGUUCAAAGUCUAAAAGUAAACGACAGUGAGUGUUCGUGUUUUAAGUUGUACACUGUAAUACUAUGAUACGAAUUUUAUGAUGUCUAGAACGUAAAACAGAAAGAUUCAUAUUUCUUUAUGGCGAAUAUAUAAUUAUGAAUUUGCAUAAUCAUUCGCGGUUCAAAAAUGCAACAGUGAGUGUUCGUAUCCUCAGGGGAAGCGAGAAAACAGAUGAAUGGGGAUUCGCAUGAUAAGGUGAAGGUCAGUCGAGAGAAAUGCUCGAAGCUCGAUGGUACUAUCGCUCUCGUAAUUUGUACUUUAUAAUACAAUCUAGGAUAAACAUCAUCGUUGAGAGUUGAAAGGGGACAUCGAGUUACGAAUACGAUCGUCGGAAGCUCGAUGCGACGAAAUGCUCGUUAUUAAAAUUUAGGAAUUCAAAAAAGAGAGUAUCAUUUUUAUAUAUAUAUUCAAACAAAAAAAUAAGAAAAUACGAAAAAAACACGUGUGUGGUAGAACGAUUAUUCGAGUCGGUAUAUGUAUGAUAUUUUGACGGAAAUACUAUUGUGAAUUGUGUUCAGUCAUUGGUUUACUCCACUUUUGUUUUUUCUUUUCGUUGUCUCGUUUUACUAAAGACGCGGUACCAAGACAAUAGAGAGAAAAAAAGAGAAGUUCAACAACUAAAUAUCGUUAGCGUUAAGAUGGACACAGAGUAGAGUACUAAAGCAUGCGAUUGUAAUAAAACAGCAAGCAUGCUCCAAUAUGUACAGAUUUCGCGAACCGAGCACUCUUCACAUUACAAGUAGCAUUUGUUCAUAAUGUAACAUUUACCUGAAUGCUCAUCAUAAGCAAAUGCUCUAGUCUGUAUCCAUCUUUAGUUUUCUUUAUUACGUAACAACCGCGUGUCUCGUAAUUCUGUGUAAAUUUUAAUUGCAUACAAUUUUUAUCUAUUUUUCGUUCUUUCACAAUUAAAAAGAUACGGAAGGUUUCAUUUCGCUAAAUGUCAAGCGCGGAUCGAAUAACGCAUAAUAAGUCAAGCGACAUUUGAAGUAAAAACACGAACGGAUGUAAAAAUUGUUGAGUCAUUUGUUAUGCUAAUAAAACUAAUGUUUGUUCUCCCUAUUGGCCGAUUGCUCACAA